GUUAGUAUAGUUUGAAUCUGUCAGUGCUAGUCUUUGGGCAAAAUUUGUUUUCAAAAUAUUCACUCGAUUGGGUGAACUCUUGGCUAGUGCCGCGCAAUGUCAGGCAAGUGCCAUUGCUCUGGGCCAACGUGUGGCGGGUCUGGCUCGCUACAGAAUCGGCAGGGAUCGCAGUCCUCGCCCUGUCCAUGCAGGAAGUGCAAGGAGAAGGCGAAGGCGCUGCUGCUAAGUAAGGGCUCGAAUCAAGCGGCCCAAUGCAGCAUUUGUAGAGUCCAUGACAUGCAAUUGUUUAGCAACGAAUGGUCAGUGGAUUCAGCAUCGCAUGCGGGGAGUAACCAAAGCGACUGCCACUGUGGUGAGCACAACUAUGGGAUGGGCCACGGCCACCAGUCCGACUAUUGGGAAUAUAAGCAGCCCGGCUCGAGCCAUGGAGGUCUGCCCGCUGUCGCAUUUGGCGGCAUGGAUUACAGUCGCAAGUCGAGCGUGACCGAGGGCACGCCCCGUGUGGACAUCCCGAAGAGAUCCGGUUGCAGCAUCAACCUCCCAUUUGUCAAUGUGGACCCAAGCCUAAUGCACGGACGCGACACAUUCGGCCUGCCCAUUCAUCUGCAGGGAAACGAGGGCCUGCUAAAUGCCAGCGGUCGCACCGUCUGCAUAGAUCAUACCUACUGCAACGAAAACUGCGGACUCAACAACGAUUGUGCCAUGUCCUGCAAGCACUCCCGCAAGGACAUCUCCAAGGGCGUGCAUGUGUGCGACAAUGAGUAUGUCAAUGCGGCUGUGACCUUCCUGAUUGAAAUGCUGGGCAUACUGGUCUUCUUUGCUAUCUGCACGUUCACAUUUUGGAUAACCCUGGGCUACUACAUCGUUCAGCUGGUGGUGGAUCUGAUUAACGCCGAUCGCAACGUGCACGUGGCCAUGGGCACUGUGUUCGUGCUGCUGGUAUUUGCAUUUGCCAUAACGGUGUUCACCCACAGCCACGGAUGCUGCCAUGCCAAGGCGAGCGAUGCCAUCAUGAAGGGCGGCCCAUCGACCAGCUGCAAGCCGUCGCUGCUCCCCAAGAAACGAGCUCUCAGCAAAUGUAGGCCAACCACUCUGCCGAAACCGCAUCCUCAUCCGCCGCAUGCGAAGCCAAAGACCCCGUGCUGCGCCCAGUCCAACAAAAAGUCCACCUGCAGCCGAUCGUUCAAGCAGAGAUAUUCCGAUUGCCAGGGCCGCAAGAUCUUCGACCGAUCCCGCCGGAGUGCCAUCCUAACCGAAAUGAAGCAGCCGCCCACGUGGCUCAUCUGGCUGCGCGAGAGCGUCAACGGGUUCUUCUGUCGACGCUGACGGACUAACCAUUCACCGCUUCCAAAUUGAACGUGUCAAAUUCAGAACCUAACCACAAACAAUAUGAAUCAAGCCAAUACAGCAGAAAACAAUCACAAAAUUGUGUUUAUAAUUGCCUAACCGAAA